GUCUCUUUGGGAACACAGCCAUGAAACGCAACAAAAUGCAGAAAUUACCAAACCUUGGCAACCUUGUCUGGACUUGGAGCAGUGCUCUCUUAAGGUCUUGGAUCCUGAAGGAAGCCCGAGCCUGUGUCUCCUGAAGCUAAUGGGUGAGAAGGGUUGUACGGUCGCGGAGCUGAGUGACUUCCUGCAGGCCAUGGAACACUCUGACCUUCGUCAGCUUCUCAGCCCCCCAGGAAUAAAGAUCACCGUAAACCCUGAGUCAAAGGCAGUCUUGGCUGGACAGUUUGUGAGGCUGUGUUGCCGGGCAACUGGACAUCCUUUUGUGCAGUAUCAAUGGUUCAAAAUGAAUAAAGAGAUUCCAAAUGGAAAUGCCUCAGAACUUAUUUUUAACACAGUGCAUGUUAAAGAUGCAGGCUUUUAUGUCUGUCGAGUUAAUAAUAACUUCACCUUUGAAUUCAGCCAGUGGUCACAGCUGGAUGUUUGUGAUGUCACAGAAAUAACAGAAAGCUUCCAGGGAAGCUUGGAUUGCGUCUCUGAAUCCAAGUUGAAAAUCUGUGUUGAACCGAGGUCCCAAAAGCUGAUGCCAGGCAGCACAUUGGUCCUCCAGUGUGUUGCUGUUGGAAGCCCUAUUCCUCACUACCAGUGGUUCAAAAAUGAAUCACCGCUAACACAUGAGACAAAAAAGCUAUACAUGGUGCCUUAUGUGGAUUUGGAACAUCAAGGAAUCUACUGGUGUCGUGCAUAUAAUGACCGAGACAGUCAAGAUAGCAAGAAGGCAGAGAUCAUCAUAGGAAGAACAGAUGAGGCAGUGGAGUGCACGGAAGAUGAAUUAAAUCAUCUCGGGCAUCCUGAUAAUAAAGAGCAAACAGCUGACCAACCUUUGGCAAAGGAUAAGGUUGCACUUUUGAUAGGAAAUAUGAAUUACUGGGAGCACCCCAAGCUUAAAGCUCCUUUGGUGGAUGUGUAUGAAUUGACCAACUUGUUAAGACAGCUGGAUUUCAAAGUCGUUUCACUGUUGGAUCUUACUGAAUAUGAGAUGCGUAACGCUGUGGAUGAAUUUUUACUACUUUUAGACAAAGGAGUAUAUGGAUUAUUGUAUUAUGCAGGACAUGGUUAUGAAAACUUUGGGAACAGCUUCAUGGUCCCUGUCGAUGCCCCAAAUCCAUAUAGGUCUGAAAAUUGUCUAUGUGUACAGAAUAUACUGAAAUUAAUGCAAGAAAAAGAAACUGGACUCAAUGUGUUCUUGUUGGAUAUGUGUAGGAAAAGAAACGACUAUGACGAUACCAUUCCAAUCUUGGAUGCACUAAAAGUCACCGCCAAUAUUGUGUUUGGAUAUGCCACGUGUCAGGGAGCAGAAGCUUUUGAAAUCCAGCAUUCUGGAUUGGCAAAUGGAAUCUUCAUGAAAUUUUUAAAAGAUAGAUUAUUAGAAGACAAGAAAAUUACGGUGUUACUGGAUGAAGUUGCAGAAGAUAUGGGUAAAUGUCACCUCACCAAAGGCAAACAGGCUCUAGAGAUCCGAAGCAGUUUAUCUGAAAAGAGAGCCCUUACCGAUCCAAUCCAAGGCACGGGUUAUUCGGCAGAAUCUCUGGUGCGGAAUCUACAGUGGGCCAAGGCACACGAACUUCCAGAAAGCAUGUGUCUUAAAUUUCAGUGUGGUGUUCAGAUUCAACUAGGAUUUGCAGCUGAGUUUUCCAACGUUAUGAUAAUCUAUACAAGCAUAGUCCACAAGCCACCUGAUAUAAUAAUGUGCGAUGCCUAUGUUACCGAUUUUCCACUUGACCUAGAUAUUGAUCCAAAAGAUGCAAAUAAAGGAACACCUGAAGAAACGGGCAGCUAUUUAGUAUCCAAGGAUCUUCCCAAGCAUUGCCUCUACACCAGACUCAGCUCACUGCAAAAAUUAAAGGAACAUCUAAUCUUCACAGUAUGUUUAUCGUAUCAGUACUCAGGAUUGGAAGAUACCGUAGAAGAAAAGCAAGAAGUGAAUGUUGGGAAACCUCUCAUUGCUAAACUAGACAUUCAUCGAGGUUUAGGAAGGAACACCUGCUUUCAGACUUGUAUUAUGUGCAAUGGCCCUUACCAGAGCUCAGCAUCCACCUCAGCAGGAACUGGACAUUACCACUCAUCUCAAGACUCAUUCCUGGGUGUUUACCACUCACAUCUUGACAAUUCAAGUAAUGUCAUGCCAUCAGACAGUUGUCAUUGCAGCCGGACUGCAAAUGCGUUCAUUUCAAGUCAUCAUACUCACCAUUAUUCAUGUCAAUUUGGUAGAAGUAAUGUGCCCGUUGAGACAACUGAUGAAAUACCAUUCAACUUCUCUGAUGGGCUCAGAAUUUCUGAAAAGUGACCUCCUUGUUUUUGAAAGUUAUCGUAAUAACAGCUGGUUCAUGGCAAUCUCAGGACACUGAAAUGUUGAAGUUGUUUUUGUUAACCACAGACUUCCUCCUUUCUCUUUUAAGAUUUUGUCAAUUGGCUGGUUUGUUCUGUAAGACUGAGGUAUGGAUGUGUAUAUGUUUAUUUCUAUAUAACAAACUUAUUUUCAUUUUGACCACUCUAAGAACAGUGGGAAUGGCAUUCUUGUAGAAUAAGUCGUUGUAUUUUUAGAACCAGAAAAAGAAUCUUGGUGAUCAUCAGGCUUAACCUAAUUUUAUCAGCAAAAGAAACAGAUUGAGGUAUCUUGUUUAAGUUAGACCUGGCAUUAAUACCUCCCUCCAGAUUUCUAGUGUUUAUUCCACUACACACCACCUUCUUGACAGGUUCUGAGACCAGUAUUAUUUGUAGAUAGAUUUAAAGAUAGAUAUGUAAAUAUGCAUGUCUGUACGUAAUCUAGAAAUGUACAAACUUUAAUUUGUAGUUACAGGACUUUGAUACAAAUGUCAGUUAAGAGGUUUGUAUAUAGAUGUAAUUUCUUGUUCUAAGGUCAUGAAAGCACAUGAGAAGUGAUGAAAUGUUUAUGGUAAAGCUAGAUAGCAGGAUAAUUUUGCACUGGAUAAUCUUGGUAGCUGCCCACCUGAAUCUUCCAAAUAUUGGACAUGUCUUCUUUGAUAACAUGUAUUUUCUUAUUGAAUUUUACUGGCCUUAGGAGAUAAUCUUAUCACCUUCUACCUAAAAGCAAGUUCAAAAGGUGGUUGUCAAUGACAACAACAAAAAAUAUUGAAUUAGUAAUUUGAAAAUAUCCGACAAAGAAAAUCCCAGGCCCAAAUGCCUUCGCUGCUGUACUCUACCAAACAUUUAAAGAAUUAACACCACUCCCAUACAAAUCUUCCCAAAGCCAGACAAAGACAGGACAAGAAAAUUACAGACCAAUUUCUAUUAUGGAUAUAGAUACAAAAAUCAUCAACAAAAUACUAGCAAACUAAAUCGAGCUACAUAUAAAAAGGGUUAUACACCACGACCAAGUGAGAUUUAACCCAGGAAUGCAAGGUUGGUUUAACAACCAACAAUCAAUAUAACAUGCAAAUUUUUCCCAUUAUUCACAGUAGUUAUAAAGUCACCAAUAAUAUGAAUUAGUGAAUACAGAGCCAUAGCUCCUAGGGGAAGUAAGUGUGUGUGUGUGUAUGUCAAACAGAUUAUAAUCUUAAAUCCUAAAAACAAUUUACCUCUGGUAUAUUCUGUUUUCAUUUUACAAAAGAGAAAAUGAGGUUCAGAUGUAUUAAGUGACUUGCCUGAGGCCAUCCCACUAACAGGUGCCAGAGUUGGGGUUCAAACCUGUCCAACUGUCCCCAGAGCCAGAGCUUGCACUAUGCUGCCCUGUCCCCUGCCUUCUCCAUCCUCUGGUCAUCUCUGUAGGAGAGUAGAAACAAGAAGGCAAAAUACUGCCUUGGUUCGACCUCAGCUGAGAAUAUGCACAUCAGGGAACUCAAAAUCUUCACCGGUCUGCACAUUUCCAUGAAUGAUCAUAAAAGUGCUAUGAAUAUUGAUUUGGGGAUUACAAAUAAGUUGGCAAAUUCACAAAUUUAAAAUUGUGAGUAAUAUCAGCUGUACUGUGUUCAUAAAGGACAAAAUUAUCACACGAUUGUUUUAAUAGAUGCAGAAAAAGCAUUUGAUAAAAUUCAGCACCUUUUCAUGACAAAAAGUAUUCAACAAGCUAUGAAUAAAAGGUAAUUCCCUCAACAUGAUAAAGGGCAUCUACGAAAAACCCACACCUAACAUCCUACUUCAUGGCGACAGACUGAAUGCUAAGAACAGGAACAAGACAAGGAUAUUCCCUCUCACCGCUUCUAUUCGACAUUGUACUUGAGAGUCUAGCCAUGGCAAUUAGGCAGGAGAAAGAAAUAAAAAGCAGCCAUACUGGAAAAGAAGAGUUAACUAUAUGUAUUCACAGAAGUCAUGUCUUGUUAUAAUAAAAUACUAAGGAAUUCAUUUAAAAACAAAUGAGUUCAAAAGGUUCAAAAAUGAGUUCAUACAAGAUCAAUACACAAAAAUCAGUUUCAUUUCUAUAUUAGCAAUGAACAUUGUGAAAUUGAGAUUGUUUUUUAUUCUAUUUAUUUACAAUAGCAUAAAGAUGAAACAAAACUACAAAACAUAUUUGAAAUAAAUUUUAAAAGACCUAACUAAAUGGAAAGACAUUUUUGUUCAUGGAUUGUUUAAUGGCAGCGUUCCCCAAAUUGGUAUACAGAUGCAAUGCAAUUCCCAUCAAAAUCUCAGCUGGCAUUUUUGCAGAAAUUAACAAGCUGAUGAUAAAAUUCAUAUGAAAAUGCAAGGGACCCACAAUAGCCAAAACAAUCUUGAAAAAAGUUGAAAGACUCAAACUUAACCAAUUCCAAAACUUACUGCAAAGCUACAGUGAUCAAAACAGUGCGGUACUGGUAUAAAGAUA